AUGAUGAGAGGACGCUGGAGAAAACUUGGUGCAACUGUUCGACCGAUCUUGACGGACAUUCCCGGGUCGAGCCUGAUGUCACUCAAUCGUUCCACAACUUCUCAUUUCUCCUCGGCGACCCAAGAAAUUAAUGAAGCAAAUGAACGGUGCCUAGGGUCAGUCCAGAUCAAUAGAACUGCCGACGGUCGAGGCUACGGAAUCUUUGCCAUGCGUCACUUUGCGCCAGGCGAACGUGUCAUUGAAUCGAUUGCCCUCAAAUCCUUUGACAAGCCUCAUUCCCACUCGAUUCAAGUGGACUGGAAGUCGCAUGUCUAUAUCGAUCUACCAGCUCGCUUUUUGAAUCACAUGUGUGACCCUAAUUUGAGGGCCCAACUCAAUGAUUCCAAUGCCUACGACUUUGUGGCUCUGAGGACGAUUGAGGAAGGAACGGAAGUUGGACAUGAUUAUGAAACGACCGAAUACGAGCUGAGUGAACCAAUCCAAUGCGGAUGCGGUUCACCCAAAUGUCGAAAAGUCUUGAAAGGAUUCCGCUACAACGAAUCUGAAAUUCUGAAAACUCACGACCAGCAGGUCCUAUCGCCAUAUCUCUUGUCUAAUAAAGCAAUCAGACUGACAUAA